AUGACAAUAGUGCAACAGUUGGGGUCAGACCGGAACAGUGAUGGUGGCGGCACUGAGGCAGAGAAGGGUCACACGGCGGCUGGAAAUUCAAUCAAGUCUUUCAAGGGCUAUGGUAAAUUAGACGAGGCCGAAGAGCGAGCUUUCAAGCAAAAGACACGAAGGCGUCUCAUCAUCCUCGACGAGCUUGCUAAGUUGUCUCAAUAUGCCAAGAAGUUACAAGCUGAAACCGAUUAUGCCCAGGUGAAACAUGAUUUAGAUAUAUGCAAAACCAUGUUUAAUGACGCGUUGGAUCGAUUCUAUGACUCGACAACUUCCUUAGAAGUCGGGGAUGAAGAGUCGAUAUUGUCGGAUUCCAAGAUCAAUGACUUGAAGACUCAGCUAAGCACAACGAUAACUGAUCAAGAAACAUGCUUAUACACCCUGGAGGAACUGAACACUACAAAGCAUUUCAACGCCACACUUGUCCAAGAACUCAGAGCCACCAUGCAGAACUCAAGUGAAUUUGCCAGCAACAGUUUGUCGACUGAUUUCAAUAUUCCAAUUCACCGUAGGUUGCUUGGGUUUGUAUCGUCAGAGUUUCCAGCUUGGAUUCAUUCCACUGAAAAGAGACUGUUGCAGGAAUCCAAGCAUACACCGAAUGUAAUUGUUGCUCAAGAUGGUUCCGGUCAUUUCAAGAUGAUUAACGAGGCGGUGAAAUUGAUCGGAAAGAAAAACGAAUCUAGAUUUGUGAUAUAUACGAAGGAAGUGAGAAAAUAG